GUAAGGUUCCAUACUAUUAGCACUGGGUAGCUGCAAGGCUGAACUCGGAUGGCCCACCCCGCUAAAUAGUGCCCCGCCAAAUCGUCUUGGUCAACUCUAAAGAGGCCAAAAACAGCCUAUGAUUCCCCGAGAUUUUCGCGGAACAUAAGGAAAGCACUGCUUGCCGGUUCUUUCAUUGGAUGAUACAAAACGACAUCAUUCACAGAUGCGCCUUCAUUUAACACUACAGUUUGACUUUUCUUUUUCAUUUCUUCAAAUCUUCCAAUCUAUCGGCGGUUCUUAUAUCAAUAACACCACCUACGUAUCUCGCACAUCAAAAUUCCUCGUUCGCCAUACUCAACCACCCUCUCUCUCGCACCUGCUCUCGAUUACCCGUUGAUCUACUACUUUACAAUCUUAUUGGUCCUUACAUUGCUCCUCUGGCGCAGGGCAGAGUCGCUCGAAUUACCUCUACCGAUGCCCACCGAGCCCGAUACGCCGUGUCGCGCCCGCCACUGGGGCCGAUUUCUCCCUUAGCAGGGCUAUCACAGUUGCGAAUGUAGCAAUUGAGCUAGGAAGUAAUCUCUAUAUCGCAAGGGGCUGCCCGUCAUGGACCGCCCACGAAAGCGCGAGCUAUUGUCGCUCAAUCAACGCGCAUGGAAUGGCGAGCUAGACAUUUUCCCUGUUAGCUCGUCCCUCGACUCUUCUCUAAAGAAGAAUACCGCCUUCAUUAAGCGAUUGCGAACCACUAUCAAUUCCGCAACCUUAAACACUUUUCUACAAGACAUACGAGCCCUAAGUCUAUCCAAAUACCUCUCCGAAAUCAUCUCAGCAUGUUACGAAGGAUUGAGCAAGCUCAAGACCGCCGGAGAAAUCGAUGCAGCCAUUGAAAUUGUUAGCGCGCUACAUCAGCGAUUCGGGCCCGGAGACUUUACGGAGUAUUUAGGAUGGCUUCUCGGCAAGGGGAUGGCCACGCCAGACAAGACUCUGCUCAAGACCUUGCCCCCCGAGGUUCGCGAGAAAGAAGAGAAGGAACGUCUCGUUCGACAACGAGCCCUUUUAAGAGUCAUAACCGAACUUUGGCUUGUGGGUGUCCUCCGGACCCUCGACGACGUUAAGGCAGAUGACGCGACACGUGGGGUCAACGGGAAAAAUGCCGAAUUAAAGAUCAAGUCGAUCAACUCUACGAAAGGCGGCGGAGCCGAGCCGUUUCCUCUCGAAGUACUUAAGGAUCUCUUGGGUCAUGAUCGGGAGCAUGUGAACCUACCCCUCCUGGUCAUUUUUGUGAAAUCGUUCGGUUGGGAUAUCCUAGGAGUCAAGUCUAUUGGAUCCGAAGGCCGAAAGACUGUCGAAGAAGACGGUGCUACGAAAGCUUCGGGAGAGACUUCUGGGCGGAUCGAUGGGCAAGAAGAGACUAGUGAUUCCGAUUCUGACGAUCCUCCAUUCGCCAGUGCCGAGCUCCGCGAGCGAUUCAGAAAUAUCCUUAAACGAUAUUUUGAAGAUGUCAAAGCGCACCUUGAACGAGACCAAAAGAAUAUCGUCACGCAACGCGGUAGGAACUCCGAGGCAUACGUGAAGUCCGGAGAAGUUUUUGAAGAUAGGCAGGCCAAUUUUGAACGGCAGCUAAAAGCUCAGGAACGUCUCGUCGGGAAUGCGCAGGUCAUAGCGGAUGCGAUUGGUGCUGAGAUGCCAGACCUCAAGGAAACCGAGGACGGAUUCUCAACCACUAACGGUGCUAUUGGUCUAGUCAAGACUGGCGAGUACCUUCGUGGACAAAGCGAAGGUGCAGGGAUCUGGGAAGAUGAAGAGGAACGUCGGUUUUACGAGAAUUUAGUAGAUCUGAAGGGGAAAGUCCCUGGCAUGUUGCUCGAAGACGGCAAGAAGAAGAAAACCGACACAGACGAGCAGGUCGGUAGAAGAGCCGACUCUAUCGAGGCCGCAGACGGACCUAAAGCUUCGGAAGGAAAUGACGACCAAUCUACCGCCAUUGCUAACAAGACGAUUGGCGCACAAGUAGAUGUGCUCUUGACUCGACUUCCUGAACUUACGCACAAAGAUGCGGUUGACCAAGCCGCCAUCGACUUCUGCUAUCUGAACUCUAAGGCCUCCAGAAACCGACUUAUCAAGGCGCUUACCGAAGUACCAAAAGGUCGCACUGAUCUCUUACCAUUCUGGUCUCGCCUGGUAGCUACUCUCGGACGUUAUAUGCCAGACAUCCCCAAAAGCGUGGUGGAUUAUCUUGAUGCGGAAUUCCGCAGUCUCCAGCGACGCAAGGAGAAGGAUUUCCUCGGUCAAGUACGAUUAAGCAAUAUCAGAUACCUUGCAGAACUCACCAAGUUCGGCAUGGUCCCAGAACACGUGCUUUUCCAUUCCUUGAAGAUCAGUGCCGACGAUUUCUCUCGGAUGAACAUCGAAAUUAUCUGCAAUUUACUUGAGAACUGUGGAAGGUAUCUACUCCGUAAUGCUGAUACGUCACGCCGCAUGGCAACAUUCCUAGAAACAAUCCAGCGCAAGAAAUCCGUACACCACAUUGGUCAGCCAGAGCGUAUGCUCAUCGAGAAUGCGGUAUACUACGUAGACCCACCGGAAAGGGCAUCGAUCCAGCAGAAGGAACGCACACCUAUCGAGAUGUUCAUUCGUAGGCUCAUCUAUAUCGACCUGACGAAACGCAACUAUACAAAGGUUCUUAAGCAGAUCCGCCGACUUCACUGGGAGGAACAAGAGGUGGUAGACAUCCUUAUCAAGGUGUUUUCAAGGCCUGCAAAGGUUAAGUACGGCAGUAUUCAUAUCUUGGCUAUAUUACUUAGUGCAAUCUACCGUUACCACCCAGACUUCACCGUUACGGUGAUCGACAACGUCAUUGAAUCCGUAGUUUUUGGGCUGGAGCAAAACGACUUCAAGUUCAACCAAAGGCGUAUUGCGGAAGUCAAGUAUUUAGGCGAGCUCUACAAUUACCGGAUGCUAGAGCACCCCGUGAUCUUCGAUACCAUGUACAAGAUCAUGACAUUUGGUUACGGUGGCGCGCCUAUUCCCGGCCGAGUGAAUCCUUUCGAUCUACCAGACGACUAUUUCAGAAUUCGCCUCGUGGCCACGAUGCUCGAGACCUGUGGCAUGUUCUUCAACCGAGGCGCUGCAGGGAAGAAGCUCGACUACUUCCUUUCGUUUCUCCAGUAUUACAUUUACACAAAGCAGCCGCUACCGAUGGACAUCGAGUUCAUUGUCCAGGACACCUUUUCCCUUACGAGGCCGCAGUGGAAAUUAGCGACGACUCUAGAGGAAGCCACAAAGGCCUUCCAACUUGCGGUUGCUCAGGACCAGAAAAAUGCUGGCCUAGACAAAACUGCCGAUCCAGAUGAUGGUUCUAGUGGUGCCUCUUCUGAUGACGAUGGUGGCGAUGGCGACGGAGACAUUGUGCUCCCCGAAGCAGAUGGAGACGACGAUUCGGAAUCUGGGGAAGAGGAGGAUAUUGAGGACGUUGAGAAUCAGCCACAGUCCCCUCGAGAUAUCGAGUCAGAGGAAGAAGCGAUAGUAGUUACUAGAAAGGCUGAAGAGAUCGAUCCUGAAGAUGAAGCGGAUUUCGAACGUGAGUAUGCGAAAAUGAUGGCUGAGAGUCUAGAAUCCCGAAAAUUCGAUCGCAAACCACUUUUCGACGUCCCAUUGCCCGUCCGACCCAAGACUCGCGAUCUCUCUUCAACGGCGGAUAGCGACAAUGUGAAUGGCGAGAGUGCACCUAGCACAAUGGCCUUCUCAUUGCUGACGAAGAAAGGCAACCGCCAGCAGACUCGAACGGUCGCACUUCCAUCAGACUCGACCUUCGCGGUUGCUAUGAAGACUCAACAGCAAGCAGAACGAGAAGAGCAACAGCGUAUCAAAAACCUGGUGCUCAACUAUGACCUUCGCGAGAACGAAGAUACAGAUGGUCACGAUAAAUCUUCGUAUCACCCUAAUCGCCCUGAUAAAUCCACUAAGGAACGUGGCGGACAACGUGUCCGUAGAUUACAACUCAGUGACGUUGAUUGGUAUGAAAGAUCCCAGCAGAAUGAGAAUAGGGCCAAACAGGAAGCCUCCAAUCCCGAGGAUCCGCCUGUCAAUCGUGCGUGUAAUGAGGGUGACGCUACUUCAAACCGAGUGGAUAGAAACAAGCGUCAUGUUCCCCCCUCAGAUUCUCGAUCUCGUCAUCCAACUCGACGAGGCCGUGGAAAACGCUAAAGCCCAAGAUACUUAAGAACAGACGCUAACAUAUGCGGCCAUCCUUACGAGUUUAGGACCUGACAUUCACUUCUAAUCGACCGGAAUGCACCAUACGCUACCUAACUCAUUUGAGCAUUACAACAGGGAGUUUCGAUAUCUCCUGACUGCGCACCAUGCCACACAUAGAAGCUACGGUCUUCAACCUUCGGCGCGAGCUUAACACAUCUCUCGAUACAAGGAGAACCAAGACGGAGGUUCCAUAAUCCUGGACUAUGUUAACCCCAUAGACGCGGUGCCGACCUGACGACUCCGUCGAUGUUGGUGAAGUUGAUACACCUAAGCUCCCGGGGGUGGAAGACGGGCGAAGGUGGAGACAAGUCAAGGAUCCGGGGCCGAGACAGUAGAGAAGUGGUAGUUGCUUUGCUGGUUGCCUGGCGGUUCCUGCAUGACCCCUUUCAGUAUAGGAUUCUAUACCUGAAUUCGUCCAACAGGUGACUACGGCAAGACGAUCUUACAAGCCUGUGGACAGACUGACGAUCCCUCAUUUGCAGACUGUAUUUAGGGCACCUUGUGCCUCAUUUAAUUCUAAUUCGCUCGUUACAUUCUGAAUUAUAUGCUGAUCAAUACAAGUGAUUGAAUGUUUUAUCUCGAGAACGCAACAUAUCGUAUGAAGCUGCCUCGUCUCAAUAUGAGAUGUCUUUACAUUUCUUUUCUACUAACAUGAAAUUACCGAGUAGGAAAU